GUUGCGGAAUUGAUAUGAAGUGAAAUAAUUUAAUUCUGCUUUACUUGGCAGUAAGAUGACAUAAAUUGACAUUUUUGGCUGAAGACAAGGUUGUAGUAGGAUAAUCUGGUUACGGAUCGGUGAAAACAAAUAUAUGAUCGUUGAAUCUUGAACUAAAGCAGAUGAGAAAACUAACUCAGAAAUGGCUGAUCCACUGUUUCAGCACUGGUUUCAUGGGCGUAUAAAUCGUACAGAAGCAGAAGAGAUUCUGGCACGCCAUGGCAAGAAAGAUGGGUUGUUUCUGUUGCGUGAAAGUACUGCCUCAGCAGGAAGCUAUGCUCUUUCCAUGUGCCAUAACAACAAGAUUAUUCAUUAUCACAUUCAACGGCAUUCUGAUGGUACAGUAGCCAUUGAAGAUGGGAAGAAGUUCCUGGGACCUGUGGAGUUAAUACAUCAUCAUCACACUUGCCUAGAUGGGUUAUUAUCAAAGCUAACUGAUCCGUGUAAUAGGCUCCCAGGGGUACCUCCAAAAACUUACUCUGGUGCUAAUCAGGAACAUAUAAAAGAUGCAGCUAUUGCUGCAAUGGCAUCUAUGGGCAUACAGGAUGGAGAUGAAACUACUGCAACUUUGAUGAGAGCUAAAUUGGAGUGUGCAAUAGGUUCAGUUUUGCACAAAAAUCAGUUGUGGUUCCAUGGAGUGAUUUCACGUGAUGAAGCUGAAAGAAGGCUUUCUGUGUUAGGAUACCAAAAUGGAAUGUUCCUUAUCCGUGAAAGGGAUUCAGGAUAUGUCCUUGGUUUGUGCCAUGAAGGCUCAGUGGUGCAUUACUUGUUUGACGUCGACCAACAAGGCAGAUUAUCAAUAAAAUCUGGUCCAAAAUUUGACAACCUGAUGUUAGCUGUGGAUCAUUAUGCCCAGCGAGAAGAUGGUCUUCUCUGUAAGUUAAAGGAACCCUGUAAUGUGGAGCUGUUUGAAGGUCGAAGAAGGAUUUCAGUGGGUGCACGGCCACCGAGUGUCUCUGAUCAAGAACCAAGAAUUGUUACUGGCAACAGACCACCCAGUAGAUCUUUCACUGAAACUUCUCCAUUUGCUUCAAACCCAUUUCUUCAGGGUGGAACUGCCAAUGUCCCAGACCUUCUACAUGGAGGUUAG